UCAAUUUCAACAAGCUUUUUGACAAUUUUUUUAAUGAUACCAUUACCACGCUUUUUAAAAUUUUAUAAAUUGAUAUAUACUCAACAUGAUUUCAAUAUAUUUUUUUUUUUGUAACAUGACGGAGCCCAAAUUUCGAUAUUCAAAAUCCAAGUCCAUGGCACAUAGAAGAACUUGAAGUGGAAAUACAAGUAUAUAUGUCUUCAUAGGAGUGGGGCCACAUCAAAUCCAGCAUGCCAUGUGAAUUUUUCAAUGCCGAAAUUUGAGCCUCGUGAGAUUGUUGAAGAAAAAUAAUCCAAAAUAGUGCAUCAAUUGCCAAAAAUGUUGCCACAUAAUAAAGAUUUAAAAGUGUGAGAAUAUAAUUAAAAAUCAAAAUAUGAUGACCUUGAUUUGUGUCUUGAAUGUUUUACUAAGCAUAUGUGAAUAACCGAAAGUAAGUGGCAGGAAAAUUACAAACUGCCAAAAAAAUGCUAAAGAAUUGAAUUAGUGAGACCCUUUUUCAAAAUAUAAAAAGAAAAUAAAGGGGGGGCCCUCACCCUCAGUGUCUCAUAUUCCACAACCCUUAUAAGAUGGAGAAAUUAGUGGCAGAUUUCCGUUACUAUAAAUCCUGUGUGGAUUGAAGGCCUGAACACAAGAAUGGAGAUCGAAUCAGCAAAGUGCGAGUGCUGUGGGCUCAAGGAAGACUGCACAGAGGAGUACAUUAGGGCAGUGAAAUCGAGAUUCCAAGGCAAAUGGCUGUGCGGUCUGUGCUCAGAAGCAGUGAGUGAUGAGGUUAGCAGAGGAAAGGCGCACUUCGGAUUGGAGGAGGCUGUCAAGGCGCACAUCACCUUUUGCCGCAAGUAUAAAUCAAAUCCGGCAGUGCGCGUCGCCGACGGCAUGAGGCAGAUACUCAGGCGGAGGAGCGAUCUCACUUCAUCCUCCUCCUCUUCUUCUUCUUCUUCUUCUUCUUCUUCUUCUUCAUCCAAGACAUAUUCCAGAUCAUCAAGCACGUCGCAGGUCGGAUUUUACUAGCUUUGUUUUAUAUGUAUAUGUCCUAAUUUCCAAGUAAUAAGGUUAAUUAAUUAACUUUGAUGAUCAUCAUCAUCUUCUCAAUGUUUUAAUAGAUUUUUUUUUUAUUUUGCUAUUUUAAUUUUUAUGUGAUGUAAUGAAAUCCUUUUCCUCUUAUGAUGAUGGGAAUUUUUUGUGGAGGAAAAGUGAUUCUAGCUGUAAUUUAGAUGAAAGAAAUGAAGGCAUUAAUUAUUUUUCUGUUUUA